UACUUGCUGUAUUAAAAAUUAUUAAUUAGGUUUCAAUGCGAUGUUUUUUUUUGUUCCAGAUAAAGAUGUUCCCUUCUGCUGACUUUAUGAGGAUGUUGAAAUAAUACUCAAAUGAAAAUAUUCCAGGUGGCAGCUUUGAGACCAGCCAUUUGAACUCUGUUAUGCUGAGAUAGUAGGCGGAAUGAAGUCGUGGGGCGAGUCAAUAGGGCGUGGCGCGUCAGCACAUUUCUCGCGCGUCGGUCGUCUGCGGCGCGCCUUGGUGGUACUGGCUGCAGCCGCGUGCACCGCUGCCGCGCUGCUGUACUGGCGACAGCAGAGCAACGACCUGACUCACCGACCCAUGCACAACAUUUACGCCGCUACGGACCCACAAUGGACCUGGAUUUGCCGGAACGAACGAUGCGAGCGACUACAAGCAUCAGAAUCGUCAACGCUGCAGUCACUCCAGACUUGUAACAUGCUCUGCGCAUCCACUCAGCUGUGGCCUCAGCCAACGGGGCCUGUGAGCCUGGCUACAGCCGUCACUCCAGUCAAAUCUGACUCUUUCUACCUGAAAAUCGUCAAAUCUCCAUCAAGUGAAGUCACCCAAAAUCUAAAUGAUGCCUUCGCGCUCAUGCGUGAAGACAUGCGGUCUUUAGAAAAGAGUAGCAAUAGUGAAAUUCGACGUACCGACAUCGGUAACCCGCGCACAGUUCAUGUUCGCGUCACGGUCAACGGCACGGGUGAUUCUCGCAUGCGCCUUAAUACUGACGAGAGUUACAAACUUACGCUUCGGCCCUUCGGAAAUUCAUUAGUAGUGGAGAUCACUGCUCAAUCAUUUUGCGGCGCCCGGCACGGUUUCGAAACACUAUCUCAACUCGUGUGGCUCGAUCCCUAUGCGAACUCACUGUUGAUUCUCGAAGCGGCCACCGUAGAGGACGCACCUCGCUUUAGUUAUAGAGGCCUAUUGCUCGACACGGCGCGAAAUUAUUUCCCGGUUUCCGAUUUAAUAAGAACUAUAGAUGCGAUGGCCGCCUGCAAACUGAAUACGUUUCACUGGCACGUGAGCGAUUCACAAUCAUUCCCGCUAAGAUUGAACAGUGUGCCGCAACUGGCCCAGCACGGUGCCUACGGGCCGGGCUCCAUUUACACCAUGGAUGAUGUGAAAGCGGUGGUGCACCAUGCGAGGCUUCGUGGUAUUCGCGUGCUGUUGGAAGUAGAUGCUCCCGCACACGUCGGUCGCGCCUGGAGCUGGGGUCCCGCGGCCGGCCUCGGCCACCUCGCCUACUGCAUAGAAGUAGAACCCUGGAGCGCUUUCUGCGGAGAACCGCCCUGCGGUCAGUUGAACCCGCGCAACCCGCACGUGUACGAUCUCCUCGAACGCAUCUACGCUGAGAUUAUUCAGGUCACCGGGGUGGACGACUUGUUCCACCUCGGGGGCGACGAGGUGUCCGAGCGCUGCUGGUCGCAACACUUCAACGACACCGACCCCAUGGAGCUGUGGCUCGAAUUCACGCGACGCGCCAUGGUCGCCCUCGAGCGAGCCAACGGCGGGAAAGCCCCGGAGCUGACGCUGCUGUGGUCGUCGCGACUGACUCGGUCGCCCUACCUCGAACAAUUAGAUUCGAAAUAUUUCGGAGUGCAAGUCUGGGGUGCGUCGCGGUGGCCGGAGUCGCGAGCCGUACUAGACGCGGGCUACCGGUCGGUGAUCUCGCACGUGGACGCGUGGUAUCUCGACUGCGGGUUCGGCUCGUGGCGGGACAGCAGCGACGGACACUGCGGGCCGUACCGGUCGUGGCAGCAGGUCUACGAGCACAGGCCGUGGACGGAGGAGGGAGCGUCGGGGGAGGGGCUGGCGUGGCGGAUCGACGGCGGCGCCGCGUGCCAGUGGACCGAGCAGUUGGGCCCGGGCGGGCUGGACGCGCGCGUGUGGCCGCGCACGGCCGCGCUGGCCGAGCGGCUGUGGUCGGACCGCGCGGAGGGCGCCACGGCUGACGUGUACUUGAGACUGAACACUCAACGGUCUAGACUGGUGGAGCGGGGCGUGAGGGCGGCGCCCCUGUGGCCGCGCUGGUGCUCCCACAACCCGCACGCGUGCCUCUAGCGGUUCGAGCCCGCGACGCUCCUCCCUGAAGUUGACGCUCAUGUCCGACCCCCGAGCGCUCUAGGUGCGAUCCGAGGCUGAUCGAACAGUCACAGCUUCCGCGCUGUGAAGAGAUCGAUCAGAUUCGUUAAUAGUUUGCUCUUCGUUAAAGUGAUUGCGCAUGUUCUUUUGUUACAUACUAAGAGUUGGUCGGUAAUGUAAGAGUAGAUAGAAAUUUGUACAGACCUUUUAGUUUUACUUAGCUAUAUUUAUAUCUCUGUCGAAAUCCGAUUUACUCUUUGACAAUUAAUGUGAUGUCAUAAACUGUAUACUUACUUCUGAAGUUUUGUGAACAUAUUUAAGCUUAAAUCUUAUACUAGGUAGCGACAAACCACUCGACUCUUAUGAGAUUAGGUUAAUACUGAAUAGUUUAAAAAUUACAUAUGAAGUAAAUAGCCAAGCUUAUGAAAAACCGAAAGACAAAACUCAAUAGCAAGAAUCGAGUGUUGUGAACUCAUUAACUAUAGUGAUCAUAGAACAAUAGUACAGAGACGUAGUUAUAGGAAAAAAACUAAACGCACUAGUUACCGUCUUACGAAGUAGCUGACGUACAUUCAAUUAUACGAUAGACAUUUCAUGUAUUGGAUACAGUUUUCACUAUGUGAUUAAACGUUUACGGUUCGACAGAGCACUAACAGCCGCGCUAUAAAACGACACCACUUUUUAACUAUAUAAAAAAAGCGAAAUUGUCCUUUCCGGGCAUUCGAGCCAUUGUAAAUAUAAAAUAUUAAUAAGUAGUGAUGACGGGUAACCGCAUAGCGAAAAUCAAUCUUACAAUACAAAAAAACAAUUGUAUACUCGAUAAUUUUUAAUAACUAGAUUAAUAGAUAGAAGUCCAUGCAUCCGCAAGAAAUGGCAAAUCCAGUUUAUAAAGUCUUUGGUGGACAGACUUAAGGGGGGUCAAAACUCUUGACCAUUGACUCAAGACCCCCAUGACCUCCCUGGAUCUGCCCUACCGCAAACACCUAAGACAUGCAAGCAUCACUAAUGUAUUACGUUUGAAACAAAUGUUAUACUGCCAUUAAUAUCACAAUUUUGUGUAGAUAUGGGUUUAAUGAUUAGUAAAUACUAAUAGUUAGGUAAUUAAAUAACCAUUUGUUAAAUUAUUGUUAUAUAAAUUUAUUUAUUAUAACUAUAAUGGGUCUGAGCCAAAUUAAAUAUGCAUUUCUCAUUUGAUUCUAGUGACAAUAGAUUCUCAUAAAGGUGUGUUCACAUAGUUGCUGUUUUGCUAUGAAUAAAAACAACACAGAUUGUGCUGGAAAAUGAUAUAUCAUCAUUAUGAUCAUGAUUUCAGCCUAGAGACACCUACUGUAGAACUUUGAUUGAUUGAGUAUUUAGUUGUAUUAUUCUAGAAAAACAUUAAACUAAAGUAGUUAGGCAAACAUUUUACUCAUGAAUUACAAUAUAGAUCUUUAUUGUUAUCAAUAUAA